AUGGUCUCCAACAAACGUGUCGUUUUCAACUCAAUCCCCAGUGGCUUCCCCGUUGCGGGAAAGGACCUCAUCCUCGACACUGUCGAAGUUGAUCUCGACAAUGUCCCGCAGGGCGGUGUCAUCACCAAGAAUUUUUAUCUCUCCUUCGACCCGUACCAGCGUGGACGUAUGCGCGCCCCAGACGUCGUAUCAUACUCCCCGCCAUUUGCCCUCCAUCAGGCCAUCACGAACGACGGUAUUAGUCAGAUUGUCAGGAGUGACAACCCGAAUUUCAAGGAAGGCGAAUUGUGCAGCGGACAGACCGGUACCGAGGAGUACACCGUACACACUGAGAAUACGGCGAAGGGAUUGAAGAAGAUCCACAACCCGUACAAUCUCCCCCUGAGCUACUUCACCGGUGUAUUGGGAAUGCCCGGAUUGACUGCUUAUUCCUCCCUCUACGAGAUCGGGAAGCCAAAGAAGGGUGAGACAAUCUUCGUCUCGGCAGCCUCGGGCGCCGUGGGGUCCAUUGUUGGUCAACUCGCGAAGCGGGAGGGCCUCCGGGUAAUCGGCUCGGUUGGCUCAGACGAGAAGGUGGCGUAUAUCAAGAACGAGCUUAAGUUCGACGCGGCGUUCAAUUACAAGACCACCUCGACCGACGAUGCACUCGGGAAAUACGCGCCGGACGGGAUCGACAUCUACUACGACAAUGUCGGCGGCGAAGCCCUAGACGCCGCACUGGCCCAUGGCAACCUAAACGCUAGGUUUGUCGAGUGCGGGAUGAUCUCGCAGUACAACCUUGCUGACCCCAAGGAUGCUUACCCCAUCAGAAAUAUUAUGUGGGUUGUUCCGAGACGGUACACUAUCAGGGGAUUCAUCGUUGGUGAUGCGGACUUUGGUCCAAGAUAUUAUAAGGAGCACCAAGAGAAUAUUGGCAAAUGGCUUGCAAGCAAGGAGCUAAUCUACCGGGAAUCCGUCAGCGAUGGUCUGGACAAUGCCAUCAAUGGCCUACUUGGCCUGUUCCACGGAAGAAACUUUGGCAAAGCGGUGCUAAAGAUAGCCGACAUUGGUCAAUAAAAAAAUGGAAAACACUUUCCCCCAUUCCAUCAGCAGCGAUGGAAAAUAAAAGCCAUCAUGCAAGUACUGUAACCGGUACACGUACUCGGUUA